AGAUGUCAUUGAAGAAUGUUCCGCCCCCUACCACCUUCUCUGUCGAGUGGGGUGAGAAAGAAGCCUCUAAUGAGAGUAAGAUCCAUCGUGCCCCCGGAUACGAGAAGGAGCUGGUUGGCCUCCCCUUCGCAGACGAGCCUCACAUCAACACCAUCCCUGCCUGUGUGAAGCGUGCUAGGGAGAAGUAUGCCAGCCGCCCUUUCUUGGGCGAGCGAACGCGAGAGGCGGACGGCAAGCGCGGCAAGUAUGUGUUCGAGACCUAUGAGAAGUGCUACUCGGACAUCACCAGGCUGGGACGGGGCCUGGUGAACCUCUGCAGCCUCGAUGGCACCGGCAAGGAAGGCGAGCAGCAGCCGCGCAUCGGAGUUUACGCGAUCAAUCGCUCUGAGUGGACCAAGACUCUGUACGCUGCUUGGAGCUUCCGCAUUGUUGCGGUACCUCUGUACGACACGCUCAUGCCGAAUGCUGUGAGCUACAUCGUCAACCAUGCUGAAUUGACGACGAUUGCUGCGGAGCGCUCGAAGCUUGCGACCAUCCUCAAGUGUGACUGGAAGGAUUCCUCCCUGAAGAACAUCGUUCUCUUCGAAGAUGCAACUCAGGAGGAGAUCGACAGCGCCGCUGCUGCUGGACUGCGCUUGCUCUCAUUCAGCAACGUCAUCAAGGAAUCCAGCGAGGGCCACUCCGACAUGAUGCCCAAGCCCGAGGACUGGGCGUACGUCAUGUACACGAGCGGAACCACCGGAGACCCCAAGGGAGUGGUUCUGACGCAUAAGAAUGUCUUGUCAUCCUCUGCCGGCAUCCUCCGCCAAAACUUCCGCGAGGAUCUGCUCCUCGAGGACGAUGUUUACAUCUCUUACCUUCCCCUGGCUCACUCCCUCGAGGCUUGCCUUCAGAACUGCGUUGUCUUCGUUGGAUGCUCAAUCGGCUUCUAUCAAGGAGAUGUGAAGAAGCUUGUAAGCGAAGAUCUCCCUGACCUCAGGCCUACCAUCAUGGCUGGAGUGCCAAGGAUCUACGCUCGUAUUUAUGACAAGGUGAUGAUGGGCGUGGAGAGCAAAGGGUUCAUUGCCAAGACUCUGUUCUCUUGGGGUCUCAAGUCCAACAAGUCCAAGUUCAUCUACGACAUGAUUCUCUUCAACAAGCUCAAGCAGGUGGUGGGAGGAAGGAUUCGUCUCCUUGCUUCUGGUGCUGCUCCUCUCAGCGCGGAACUGCAUCACUUCCUCAAGCAAGUCUUCGGCUGCCCUGUCUUGCAGGGAUACGGAAUGACUGAGAACUGCGCAGCUGCUUGCGUGCAGCCUCUUGGAAGCAUCAAGGGAGGAAAUGUCGGAGGACCAACGCCAGCGGUUGAGGUAAAGCUCCAGGACACGGAGGACUACAAGACCUCGGACGUCUAUCCCAAGACCAAGGAAGAGUUUGAAGCGCAGGUCUCCUUCAAGGGAGCCUUCGAUCCCUCUCUGGCCGGCAAAGUCAUCGAGAGAGGAGAGGUGUGCUUGCGGGGCUACAACGUGUUCCCUGGCUACUACAAGAACGACAAAGAGACGAAGGAGACUCUGGACGACAAGGGUUGGCUUCAUACCGGAGAUAUCGGCAUGUGGAAUGAGGAUGGCUCUCUGUCCAUCAUCGAUCGCAAGAAGAACAUCUUCAAGCUCGCACAAGGCGAGUACGUGGCGCCUGAGGCCGUGGAGAACGCGGUGAGCGCGUGCAAGUGGGUGGGUCAGUGCUGGAUCUACGGCAACUCCUACGAGAACUACGUCAUCGGCAUCAUCGUGCCGGACCAGGAGGUUCUGCUCAAGUGGGCGCAGUCGAACAAGCCCAACAUGUCGGUGGCGGAUCUUGUCAAGGACCCGGCGGUGAAGAAGAUGAUCUUUGAUGACAUCAUCGCCACCGGUCGCUCCGCCAAACUUCGCGGCUUCGAGCUGCCGAAGCAGAUCGACUUCGAGACGGAGAUCAACCAGCUGGGGCAAGGCUUCACCAUCGAAGGAGAUCUCAUCACCCCCACCCUCAAGCUCCGCCGCCCCAACCUGCUCAAGAAGUACCAGAGCAAGAUCGACGCCAUGUACGCGCAGAUCCGCAAGGAGGAGAGCAUGUCAAAGAACGUCUGAGUGAGGAGGAGCCGCAUGUUCCUCACGAUUAAAGUGAUGAAGAU